CAUAACUGAGUAAAAAAGAAAACAGGCUGAACUAUAAAAGUGCCGCGUCGUCCUGCGUUGCCUCUGGUUGUAACUGAUCAACUAAUGCGAACGCUGCUUUGUCAUGUGACAGGAAAUCUUUGCACUGGUCUGGGAGUAAAGAAGAAGAAGAAGAUGAUGUAUGUGACCACAAAAAAUGCAGAGUUUGACCGACAUGAAAUCCUGCUGUAUGAGGGGGUGGCAAAGGUCCCACCAUUCAAAAGGAAAACCCUGGUUCUGAUUGGAGCUCAGGGCGUCGGGAGGCGUCGGCUUAAAGCCAAGCUUCUGCUCAGAGAUCCUCAACUUUUCGGCACCACCAUCCCAUACACGUCCAGGAAGCCUAAAAAGGGUGAACGUGAGAGUCGAAUGUACGCUUUCACAAGUCGCUCCAAGAUGGAGGCCGACAUCAAGAAUGGGCGUUACCUUGAAUAUGGAGAGUAUGAAGGCAACCUGUAUGGGCUGAAGGUGGACUCGAUACACGAGGUGGUGGAGGCAGGACGAGUCUGCAUACUGGACGCCAACCCACAGGUAGGCGGAGACGCAUACCGGGGGGCCGUUUCACAUGUAUCCUCCUGUUUGGUUGACCCGGGAGUCUAA